GGACACCUGCUAAAAGAACAACGUCAGUUUGAUAGAAAAAACAUAGCGAUGUGGCACAUACAUGUGUUCAGAUGAGGACGUGGAGAGUUUCUGAUAUCCUGUUGCUGAGUGUCGUCUUACCUGAUUCCCCUGUUGACAUGGAUUGACAGUAGGACAACUGAGCACCAUGAUGAUGGCAGAUGAUGAGGACGAGGUCACAUUUGACCAAUCCACUCUUCUCACAAACAGGCUCAAACCGCAGUCACGUAAAAAAUGGUGCCUCAAGCUCUUCAAAACAGCUGGGGUCUCGCUGGCAUUUUUAGCUCUGGGCCUGUGUAUCGCUAUCCCUGGCCCCACACUGCUUGACUUGAUGGAGAGAGUGAAUACAGACACACUACACAUCACUUACAUCUUCACUGCACGCUCUGGGGGCUACCUACUCGGAUCCAUCCUCGGAGGAUUUCUCUUUGAUCGCUUUGAUCAACAACUUCUGCUCUGCGUGAUCUUAUUCUUCACCUCGAUAGCGACAGCUGCUGCCCCCUGGUGUCAGACGCUUCUGGCUCUCGCAGUAAUGAUCUCCUUCCAAGGCAUAUCCAUGGGAUUUCUAGACACGGGUGGAAACAUCUACUGUAUCCAGAUCUGGGGGAAGAACAGUGGACCUUACAUGCAGACACUCCACUUCUGUUUUGGGGUUGGGGCAUUCAUCGCCCCUCUGCUGGCCAAACCCUUCCUGUCAGCAGUGGCGGUGGACUCCUCUCUGAACGCCACGAGUUCGGGGAUCUUACACAUCCAGGGAGGAAAUAUCCCACUAGUGAUGCCUCAGUAUGGCCAGCCAGAUGGGGAGGAGGAGGGGAACAGAGACCCUCGGAGCCUGCCCUGGAAUCUGGAACACAUUAUUGCCAGACGGGAGGUUGAGGUGAACCUAACAGGCAGCUCCAGCCCCAUGCUAACAACAACGCUGAAGUUUGUCCCGACAACUGUUAAGCCAAAGAAACCCAUAGCCAGUGACGAUGUUCUACGUGGUGACACUGCCGAAGAGGAUCCCACCAAGCACCUGCGAGAGCCAGAUGUACUGUCCAGCUCGUCAGCUGCCUCACCCACCCUACCUCCUCAGCCAAGUUUUGAGCCCACAUCGGUGCCUAACGCCAACCAAACAGACAACAACACAGCCUCACAAGGCCAGAAUAUAACAGGGUCUGCACCUUUACUUAACACAUCAUCUCAGGCUAAUAUAGGCUCAGCCAACCCAGAGACAUCUACAGUGAUUCUCACUACACCCGGUUCAACCACAGCCAGCAAAGCACCAGUCACCACACCAUCCACCCACACCCCUACAUCAAGCAAAGCACAGUCAUCACAGUCUACAGCCACUGUGCUUAGUCAAACAAGUACAAGUACUCAGAAGACAAGUGACAACUCCAGUAUCAGUGUCCUGCCUAACAUGACAGUUACCCCAGCAGAGAGCACAGUGCAUCCCCACAAGCCCCUCAAGGCUGUCGGGGAUAUCGUGCAGAGCACGCUGGAGGCCAUUAAACACAUGUCAAAGAUCCAGUUUGCAUACCUGAUCAUUGCGGUUUUCCUCCUGCUGUCAAGCGUUCUGUUCAUCACGCUGUACUGCUGGGAGAAGCGUGAGUCUGUGCUGACCAGCGUGGGAACUGACGAGGACCGAGGGGAGAUAACUGAGUCACGGGGUUUUCGCUUCCAGAUGCUCAUCCUCCUCUUCAUCUUUUACUUCAUGUAUGUCGGCAUGGAGGUCACUUAUGGAGGCUUUGUCAUGACAUUUGCCGUUCAGGCGAUUGCUUGGUCCAAAGACCGUGGGACCAUAGUGACGGCCAUUUUCUGGGGUGCCAUGGCCGCUGGACGAGGCAUGGCUAUUUUUGUGGCACGGUGUUGCCGCCCCUCUGUCAUGUUAAUCAUACACCUUGUGCUGACCCUGGUGGCAUCGGUGAUUCUGAGCUUUGGGGUGAGUCACUACCAUUACCUGCUGUGGGCAGGCACCCUGAUUCUAGGCCUAGGGCUGUCUGCCAUUUUCCCCACUGGGCUCUCCUGGGCAGAGCGCUACAUGAAACUGACGGGUAAAGCCACAGCAGUCAUGGUUGUGGGGUCUGCCCUCGGGGAAAUGUGCGUGCCGGUCAUUACGGGUUACUUUUUCACUCGGAUAAGCCUCAUGUCUUUAAUGUACAUAAUACUGGCCAUGAGCACAGUUGCCAGUGUACUGUUUGUGAUUAUGCAAAACUUGGCCUCUAAUCGAGGAGACCGGUACAGUGUGAGUAAGUUCCUCAAACUGGACGAGGGCGAGUCCAUGGAAAUGGUGAGUCAGGGUGACGAUGUGGAGAUAUUUAGCAGAGAAAAUAACAGUUCUAAACGAAAGAGAGUGAAGUUUAACCUGGACAUGAAUGGCACUAGCUAUAAACCACUGCGCUCCAGUGAGGAGGAGUAAGUGGUCAGCUGUCCUGUAAUGGGAAUAAGUCCUGACACUCUACACAACAUUGUUGCUACUGUACCGAGAGUAUCCCAGUGAACUGCUAUGAUAGAAUAUAGAGGGUACAUGUAUAUCUGUGAUCAGUUCAUGAUAUUAACAUGGUUGUAUUGGUUUGGUGAGAUGUGUAUUGACCUCCUGUGCAGUGCAUUGUGGGAUUUUAGGUUUGAUAAAAGGUAAAUUGUUAAUAAUGGUGACAUUCACAAGCUGAUCUACGGAAAUGACAAACUAACUUUAGUGAUCCACUUUGUCCUGCAAAUAUUAAAAUAUAUUUUACUCUGAAGGUUCACUCACUUCCAACAAAAAUAAAGCAAAGAAAGUACUAUCAAAAUUUCCACGGAAAUCUUCAGUGGACCCUCGCGGAGCCUCUAAAUAAGGACUCUUCUCCUAAAGGAUAUUUUGGAAGAUGUUUUCUUUUUUUAAAAUUUUACUCUUACUGUUAAUUUGUUUACAACCCCUAUAUUUUUCAUUAGCCAAAGUAAAAAACAAUACAUAAUCCCCUGCCAACCUGCCCUAGGAUAAUCUAAAUGUGGUCAGAGAAAUCAGUUUUUAGCCAAACAGAAAAAGUUGGUUCAAUGCCAACACGAGUAGGACACCAUACGGUUAGUAUUAGAACCUACCAUGAUGUACCAGUCAAUCCUUACCCCACUUAAACUCCCAUAAUGAAAUGUGUGAUGUCGUUAUGUAAUUGGUGUAUUUGUGUACAUCCGUCCCUGACUCAAUCUCAAGUUAUUGGCACAGUAUAGUGGGAGACACCCUGUAUUGUGGUUUUACAAGCACAAAAAUAUACAGGUCUGUUAUAAUGAAUAAAUUACUACAAACUAUACAAUUAUAAACAUACACAAAUACAAGUGCAGCAUGAAAUUUGUUGGACUUUUAUGAGAAAGAGAGUUGAGAAAGAAAGUUGAUCUUACUGCCAAACUUAGGGUUAAUAAACCAUGUAGGCAGGCAAGGGAGAGAACUCUUGUGGACAUAGAUCGAACCAUGUCUAUCCUAAUGUAAAUACUCGUAUAGUGGAUAUUAAACGGCAGUAGUCCUGUUAUGUUUUCAUACGUCACAUAUAGAGAGAUACGCAGUGAGUGUAAUUUUCCAUCAUAAUGCAAUUUUUCCACUCUGGCAUGAUAGUGUGAACAUGUUACGAUUUUAACAGUCAGUGUCUGCAUUAAAACUGAUUUGUUUUUAUUGUGAAUUUUUCUGGAUGGGGAGUUUUAUAUGAACCUUUAGCUUUUGCCAUAUAUGUUCAUAUGUUGGUGUUUAAGUCUUAAAACUGCAUAUCUGCCAAUUAUGUAAGUUUCUGUGUAAAAGAAGAAUUGUACAUGUAUUAUAUCAUCAUCAAAAUUGUUCGUAUCAAAUAUGUAAUUGUGUCAAUUUACACCUGUUAGUUGUGUGGUGGAGAGAUGCUUUAUUCAUACUGUGCAACAUUUUGAUCAAUUGUACAUGUAAUUCUAGCUUGCUGCCAAUGCUUGAAGAGCUAAACAUGUUUAUGGGAUCUUUACAGUGAUUGGGUGAUCCAGUACAUAAUUUAUUAUGCACAAGCUAACCAUGUCGUUUAGCUUUUGGUUUGUAUUGAAAUAUGGAUUUUUUAGAAGAAAGAUUUUAGAAGAAAUUCACACAUAAAAGCACAUCAAGAAAUUACGACCAUGAAUAA